ACGUUCUCCCCAAAACUCACUGCAAUACAUCAUACAAGCUGGAUCAGCAGAGGCAAGAAAAAAACAUUUCAUGGAUCUUCUUUCUGUCCAUUCGGCCACUUUUCCAUUUUAACUUUUGCACUCUCAGGAAGAAAAUCAGCAAUCCAAGGACAAAGAAGUGCUAAAAGAACUGGAUCAUUUUAAAGAAGUUGAGAUGGUGCAGAUACAAGCCUUUCAAAAGCAGUUUCCCCAGUCAUACUUCUGUACCGGAUGUUCAAUCGUGAGUCACCCCAAAAUUCUUUGGGUCAACGCAGGAGAAAACUUUUCCAAAGUAUUUGAAAUAUUUAUUCACGCCGACUCCCCAAUUCUCUUUUCUGUUUCCACGGCAACGCGGUUUCGGCGUUUGUCCUCGUGGCUGAGAGAACGCGGAACAACAGAAAUACGACGGCUCCUCGAUUCGCGAUCCCUGUGGGAGUCCUGGACGAUUCGGAGAUGGUAAGGAGAGCUUGGCAGGAGCAGCCAUUUCAGGACGGAGCCUACUACCCUUACAGCAGUGACACCCAGGGGAAUCAUUCGUCAGCAGGGAUCCCAUCCCUGUUGAAUUCCCCACUCAGCCAGCGCUCUGUAAAAGUCCAGUCUGCACUCGGCAUGGUUCCAUCCGGUGCACCACCCACCAUUCUGCCUUUCAGGUUCCGCCAGCGUAGGGAGAGUGUGGACUGGCGGCGAAUCCAUGCUGUAGACAUUGACCUGGUGAUUAGCCAGCUCGAUGUGGACAUCCUUCAGGAGCACAUAAGCACUGUGACCUUCUGCAGCUUGGAUGGGGAGCGAUGUCAGCGCUGUCAAAGCCCUGUGGACCGAGCUCUCAUCAAGAUCCUCCAGUUGGCCCAGCUCACAGUUGAAUGGCUCCUCCACUGUCAGGAAUGUCUCACGCUCAAUCUGCAAGCAGUAGAGGAGAGGCUGGCGAGCUCCAACAUGCAGCAGGAGCAGCUACUGGCUCAGCUGAAGAAGCAGGAGGAGAGCAUGAUGGCGAUGACGGCUGAGCUCAAAAACAGGAGGAAGAUCAUACGCAAACAGCAAACCCUGUUCGCCCCACAAAUCACAAACAGCCAAAAGUGUGCAUUUUGUAAAAAGAAGUUCCUCACGGCUUCAUUUCUCCAGAGUCACAUGCAGCGGCGCCACCCUGAUGAGAAUGAUAUACAGCUACUAUCAAACGGUGAGGAGAAAUCUCAGAUUCAAGCCCUGAAAUUUGAGGUGAACAGUCUAAAGGAGCACACUGUUCAACAGCAACAGACGCUGGAAGCAAAAACAGCUGAGAAUCAAAAGCUGCAGAGACUCCUGGAAGAGAGUGAGCUACAGGUGCGAGAAAGUGAAAAGAAAUCUCAGAUUGAAAGCCUCAAACUGGAGAUAAAAAAUCUAAAGGAUCUUAUUCAACACCAAUACAUAAUACAAGCUAGACCAGCAGAGGAAGAAAAGCACCAAUCCAAGGACAAAGAACUGCUAAAAGAACUGGAUCAUUUUAAAGAAGUUGAGAUGGUGCAAAUACAAGCCAUUCAAAAGCUGGAGCAUCAACAGAAGCAGCAGGACAAAAAAUGGGAGACGAGGUUGGGGAAAAUCACUGCGCUUCAUGAGUCAGAAAAGAAUGAUUUGCAGAAAGAGUUGAGCAGAUUGCAGUUGGCCGUGUUGGAGCACCAGGAGCAUAGCAAGAGGCAGCUGCAAGAGAUGCGAAGGAAGCUGCAAGAGAAGGAACAAACCAUCCAGGAUCAGAGGGAGCAGAUACAGAAUAGAUUUUCAAGCCCACCCACUAAAGUACUUAAGGUACCAGUGCUAGUAAGUGCACCAGCUCCGGAGCCAAAAACAAAGAAAGUUGUACUUGACUUGACCAGCAUCCCUGAGAAGAGGCCAGUGGAGAAAAAGUCUGAGCCUGUUCCAGAGAAGAAACUCAGGGUGUCCGUCAGAAGGAACCCCAACAAGGCUGAAAUCAAACGAAAUCUUGAGCAGCUUGUAAUGACAAAGCUUGAGAGCCUGGGAGUGAAACCGGAUCAGAGAAAACUGAAGACCAAGGAGCUCAGGUCUGUUCUUGCUACUCUGAACACAAAGCGGCAGAGCCUAGCAAAACAGUUGCCAGACUAUUGGCACCAUCGUCUGGACAUAACUAAUACUUUGGAGCAGAAGCUCAGCUUGAAAAGAAAAUACGGCACUCUCCAGUCUGCAGAAAAGUCCAGACACUGUAUACAGGUGUUGCAGACGCGCCAGCGAUCCAGCAGUCUCCCUGCCAGGGCGUCACAGGGUAUCUCUGAAGCUGUUGCCCGACAGGCCAAGACUCCGCAACCAGCUCCCAGAGUCAAGACCACCAUCCAACCAAAAACAUCUACACCCACCCACAAAGUUGGUCAGAGAGAACACACUCCUAAAACACCAUCUUUCAGUUCCUUUGUGGAUUCAGAAGAGGAGGAUACGGACAAAGAGGACAAUGAACCUCCUCAACACCAAUGGGGCAAAACAUCACAAGCUAAAAUAAACAUGGAGGAAGCAGUCCAAAUCAGUGCAAGAAAAUCCAACAUGAUCCAGGCGAGGCCAGCUCUUACUGGGAUAUCAUCCUCCAAAAGCCAACUCGCUGGUGGCGUGAUUACAACAGCGGUCAUGCAGCUAGAGAAUGACGACAAUGAUGAGGACGAUGACGAUGAGUUGUCAGAUGUCAGUGAGCUGCAGGAGAUUGAUUCCAGACAGCUCCAGAGAGUCAAAGACCAGAAUGGGCACAUAGAAAUGUCCAACUUUGGUAAAGUUAGUGACCUGGCAAGGAAAAUAGAAAGACAGAUUUUAAAUAAACCAUCAAAGAAACCAAUAGGGGGCGUGAGCAUCUUGCCAGAGUCCAAGGAUGAAGUUCGAGAAUUCUUGUCGUCAGAUCUGGAGGAGAGCAGCGAAGAUGGCAACUCCUCAUUUGAGGACAGGCAACAAAAGCUGAAUGGACCUCACAACUCCGGAACAACGAUGAAGAGCCACGACUCAGUCAGCACUAGUGUGUGGGACUCCUCCACAGGAAAAGACAGUUCGAUAGGAAAAGCUUCCAGAUCAGGUUUAACUGAAGCUGGAACAGGGAGUACCUUGAAGAGCAGCCUCUGUUACCUCAGCGACAUCUGUGAUUCUGAGGAUUUAAACAAUUAGCAAAAGUUACACAUCUGCUCAUCCAGACACUGGUAAAGCUUCUGGUAAAUUGCAGAAGGAGCCACAAAGAACAGACAUCACCAUCUUGUGUCACAUAGAACCACAGCCAUAUCCCCGGGAAAAAAGCUAGAAAGUCCAUUUAUAGAAAAGGGCCAAAAUAAAGACAGGAUAUUUUUCCAUAGCUUAGCAUUUUCAAUCUUACCUCAUCCCAGUGCCAACAGUUUAGCUUAUUUUUGAAAGUUCUUGUUUGUUUGUAUGUUUUCAGAUUUUUAGAUCUCUGGUACACAUACAGUACUUGCAAAAAAAUAUUAGACCACCUGUCAUAAAAAAGAGAAAAUAAACACUAUAUACUAUAUAGUAUACAGGACAAGUCUUUCAAAAACAUAAUGAAAAAGAGAAAAUUGAUAUACAAUACAACACUUUCAAAAAUGUUUUACAUGAAAAAAAGGAUUGGUUUUACUGUUUUGGGACAGGAAUCAGUGAUUUUGUGACAUUCAGUGAUUGAAAUGUUUUAUUUCUCUUAAUGCAAGUAAAUAGCAAAAGUCUGAUAUCUUAACAGAAGUAAUAAUGUUUGUGUUAUUUAAUCCUCUUUGUAUAAAAAUAUCUAACUUAUUGUCAGAUAAUAAUUGCAUAUUCUAGCAAUAUCAAUUCAUAAUUUGACUUCUCGCAUACUUUUGUGUACAGAAAGUAUUCAGAACCCCAUACAUUUUUCACGCUUUGUUUUAUUGCACCCAUUCGCUAAAAUCAAAUAAGUUCAUUUUUUCCGUCUUCAUAUAUAUAUGCUGUGUGAUAUAGAUAUAUAUAUAUAUAUAUAUAUAUAUAUAUAUAUAUAUAUAUAUCACACAGCCAUGGGUAUUCAGUCCCUUUGCUGUCACACUCUGCUAUUUAAAGGAAGACUCCCCACAAUUCAUAUAUACAAUAAACUCUCCAAUGUGAAGUAAUAUUAUUAUUAUUACAUAUAUUUUGGACAUUAAUUGCUUUCCAUUUCUUCUGAUCAUUCUUGAGAUGGUUCUACACCUUCAUUGGAGUUCAGUUGUACUGAUUGAACUUGAUUAGGAAAGCCACACACCUGUCUAUAUAAUAAUACCUUACAGGUCACCGUGCAUAUCAGAGUAAAUGAGAAUAAUGAGGUCAAAGGAAGUGCCUGAAGAGCUCAGAGACAGAAUUGUAGUAAGGCACAGAUGUGGCCAAGCUUACAAAAACAAUUCUGCUAUACUUCAGGUUCCUAAGAAUACAGUGACCUCUGUCAUUUUUAAAUGGAAGAUGUUUGGGUUAACCAGAACCCUUCCUAGGGCUGGCCAUCCGGCUAAACUGAGCAAUCAGUUGAGAGAGGUAAAGAAGAACACAAAGGUCACUGUAGCUGUAGAUGAAGUCAGGAGAUAGGAGAAAAUUUUAGAAAGUCAACCAUCACUGCAGCACUCUAGCAGUCAGGACUGGCCCAACGAAAAGCCUCUCCUCAGUGCAAGAUACAUGAAGGCCCGCAUGGAGUUGUUUAAAAUAUACCUAAAGGACUCCAAGAUGGUGAUAAAUAAGAUACUCUGGUCUGAUAAGGCAAAGAUAGAAAUUGUCUGCCUUAAUUCUAAGUAGCAUGUCUAUAGAAAACGAGGCACUGCUCGUCACAUGUCCGAUACAGUCCCAAAAAUGAAGCACGGUGGUGGUAUCAUCAUGCUGUGGGGGUGUUUUUCCAGCUACAGGGACAGGUUACAACUGGUUGCAAUCGAAGGAAAGAUGGAUGCAGUGAAAUACAAGAAUGUCCUCGACGAAAACCAUCUCCAAAAUACUCAGGACCUCAGACUUAGCCAAAUGUUCACCUACAAACAAGACAAUGAACCUAAGCACACAGGUAAAUCAUCGGAGUGGCUGCAGAACAACGCUAUUCUAGAAUGGCCCAGUCAGUGCGCUGACCUACAGUAAACCCAAUUGAGCAUCUCUGGAGACCUGAAGAUGGCUGUCCACCAAUGUUCCCCAUCCAACUUCCACAGAAUCCACAAGGAGUAAUGGCAACGGAGCCCCAAAUCCAGCUGUGAAAAACAUACUGCGUUAUUCCCCAAAAGACUCAUCGCUGUAUUAGCUGUAAAGGGUGCUACUACCAAAUACUGAGCAAAGCAUCUGAAUACUUAUGGCUGAGUGAUUCUUUUUUUUUAUUUUUAUUUUUUCAUUUUAAGUAAAUCUGCAAAAUGUCAAAUUUUGUGUUUCUGUCAGUUUGGGGUGUUGUGUGUACAUUAAUGAUGGGGGGCAAAAUAAAUCAUUUUAGCAAAUACUGUAGAUGCAAUUUUACCAAGAGUGAAAAAUUUAAGAGGGUCUGAAUACUGCAUGUAUUACAAAAGUGUUUUGGGCACCUGUCAUAAAGCAUAUGCUGCCGUUGUGUGGUGGUCAAAUAAGCUUAUUUAGCAUUUUAAGUACCUUUACUGGUUUAGAAACCAAAAUCCAGCCUUUCUGUAUUUUUCUAGAGAUAAAUAUUUUUACAACCAGUAAAACAUUUGUUGAAGAAUAAAUGUUUGUUAAGAAACUGAGAUAUCUUACAAGAAACAUCACACGAGUUCAGUGUUAUUUUUCAUGUUACAUCCGUAUCACAUGUUUUAGUGGUGGAAAGUCUAUGCGUGUUUGGCUGCUCUUGUUCCUUUUGUCUGUGCAGCUGGUCUUCCCACAGCUGACCUGACCUACAAUGUUGCUUGGCAACGUGUUUUCAGGGAUAAGAUCCUUUUGAAAGGGAUUGUCACAGUGUCUCCAUAAUAAGGCACAUUAGAGGAGUGGGGAUUUUUCAGCUCAUUAAAAAACAAAAUGACUAUCAGCUACUUUCGAGCCCAAUAUUGUGGAAUUCAGCAAACACAGUUCAAAAGGUUGACUCAAAGGAUGUGUCUGUAUUUGGGGGAGCACUCGAAUGUUUGUCCUGGUUGAUGCUGUAAUGUUAGUUAAGUGGUUUCUCAAAACCAUUAACUUGCAUUUUAAAUCCUUGUCGUACCUCCUUUUUCAAAUAAGUUUAUUGCUUUUACAUGACCGCUCUUAAGAUGGCGAUGGUUAAGCUCCUUCUGAAGAGGAAUGCUUGGAUUCCAAUGGAACCCAAUAAUUACAGACCGACCAGUAUCCAAUCUGCCAAUUUUAAGUAAGAAUUUUCAAAACCUUGUUUCAGUCAGCUAAAUGAUUUGAUAAUUUCCACAAAAUUCCAUUCUCUAUUCAAAAGUAAACACAGUAAUGAGGAUAUACUAAUUACAUUCACACUGGACAUGAAAAAUCU